AUGCCAGCACCACAAUUCAUUGUGUCGCUUCUGCCCAGACAGCUGGACGAUUACGUUCAUCGAAUUGGGCGCACCGGGCGUGCCGGUCGCAAGGCUCAUAAGAUUGGGGAAGCGGCAAGCGCAGAGCUGCGGAUGUUUUCGGCUUUGGGGCUUGGUUUGACCUUUGAGCAUGGCGAUGAAGCUUCAUCCUCGGCACUCUCCGAUCGUCCCCUUGACCAACUUCUAGACUUAGAACAGGGUGGAGUUCUGGACAUUGCAUACAGUACCACAGGCCCGAAUGCCUCCACUAUCGGCGAGCCUUGGCCUGGUACGGCCGUGGCUUUCGUGAACGAAAGGUGCGCAUACCUCCACGACCUGUACGACAUUUUGAUCGAGGCCAAGCAGGACACUCCCAUCUGGUUCGAGGAGAUGGUGAGGCUAGUGGGAGCUGCAUUCCAAAAGUCCGCACGGAAUCCUAAGCCCUCUGCAGAGCCGGCUGAACGGCUGAACAACUCGUUCACUAGGUCCGGUGUGCAUCCUACCGAUCAUGGCUUAUUGUGCGUACAGUGCCCGUGCUACUACGACAUGUACUGCAAGCCGGCACUGGAUUGA